UGAUCAUAUAAACCCUCACUACCAUUACCAAAAAGCAAUAGCCAAGAGCUUUUUUUUUCAUUUUCUUUUUGAAAGCCAUGGAUCGGUUUUCGUUCUUGAAUGUUAUAAUGGAGGUUGCGGGUAUUCUAAAUGAAUCCCGCAAACUCUCCUCAAGAACAAAAAGUUGAUGUUCUCAGUCUUGGUAUUCCCUCUCUUACUCAAUUGUUUAGUUUACUUGUUCAACGCCAUUGCCAUCAAACCCGAGAUAACAAACUUGAUCCUUGAAUCAAGUUUGUUACCUAUGACAGAUCCAAACACCCCGGAAUUUGCUGCCCAUCUUAUGAGAGUCUUUGUAGAUUUUCGCCAGUUUGUCAAUUCUUUAUACAUCUUCAUCGCCGUCUCCUCCAUCAUCAACCUUUUAUCCACUCUUGUCAUGGUUCAUGCAUCGGCUCUUACUCAUAAAGAUGAUAGCUUCGAGAUCAAAGAUUUUCCGAUUCUGACGCUUAAAUAUUGGAAGGGACCUCUUGUGACCAAUUUCUAUAUUGUUCUCUUCAGUCUUGGCUAUUGGUUCCUAUUCUUUAUAGUCCUAUUUUCUAUCGUUUUCUUCUCUACAAAACUCGAUUCCUUGGCAGCCAAAUCUCGCGCUUUAUUCAUUGUAUUUGCAGUCUUUGAGUCUUACUUAGCUAUCGUUUGGAACUUAUCUAUGGUCAUAUCGAUACUCGAGGAUACUUAUGGGAUCCAAGCUUUGGGGAAAGCUGCAAAGAUUGUUAAAGGGAUGAAGCCAAAACUAUUCCUCUUGAAUCUUUUCUUUGGGUUAUUGUCAUUUGGAUUAGUUCAAAUCUUGCGGCUGGUCGAUUGGAGUAGUUCAUUCUCGGUUACCUUAACCACCGGUUUGGUCCUUAUGAGUUCGGUCUUUGUGGUGAGGAUGUUUCAGCUUGUGACUUACACCGUUGCUUAUUUCCAAUGUAAGAGCCUGCAAGGACAAGACUCGCUGAGGGAUGUUGAAUAUACGAAAUUGUCAUCCACUACUCUCAUGGGAGGAUUGCCUUGAUUAGGCAUGUAUAAUACAUAAAUAUACGUGGGUCGUUUGUUUCUUAAGAAUGUUAAAGUUCACCAUGGAUUUGGUAAAGUAUUUCUAAUAAUCCAAGGUUUUUUGUAAUUUAUAAAAGUAAUUAAUAAUCAAAGGU